AUGUCCUCAUACAAGUUUAGCAAUGAAAAAUUGAGCUCAAAGAUUAAACAACUGGAUAUUAUGAAUCCCAGUGGACGACUAAAAUCUAAACGUCCCUCAGUUUCGUUUAAAAAAGAUAACGCCGGAGGACAAGACAAGAAACCUAAACUCGAAGACAAAAUACAUCAAAAUAGCCAGGAAGGCAUUAAAACCGGUGCAUCCCUAAUACCCGACUUGAAUGUCCUUGUGGAGCGGAUGCGUUCCCAAAAGGAUGACAGCUUCAUUUACCUCACCUAUAUGUUGCCGAAGACAAGUGAAUAUUUCACCCCGUACAGCCUUAAGGAAUACACCUGGGCCGAGUUGCCCAACAAACAGUUAUAUUUCACCAUGAGUCGUCACGGUGUAACCUAUUGGCAUUUGUCGGAGAAUUUCUUCACACCUCUGUUGCAAUGGCAACAGGAGUUUCAACAAUUUCUGAGCAUCAUUAAGAUUCGUACAUUUGCCGUAUUUCGGCUAUGGAAGGGUUUUAAGGUGUGGGAGAAAACGGUCAAGUGGAAGAAGCAGACGGAGGCUCGCAUGCAUUUGCAGGAGCAUCUUUUUAUCGCCAUACCGCACUUGGCACGAGCCAUACUUCGGCUGAGGGAGGAGAUUGUUAUGCUGGAGAGGAGUAAUUUCGUCAAUGUUACAGUCAUUGAAGAUUGGCAUCCCUUCUAUUUUCUGGAGAUACAAAUGAAAAUCUAUGAAAGGUUAAAUGUAACAUUUCGAGAUUUUCGGGAAAGGACGAGAAAGAACCUAUAUGAUGCCUGCCUGAAUGCCAUAAUUGCCAAUGGGUUCUUUGCCGAUGAUGAAGUCAAUCAUUAUCCAUCGAUAAAGAAAAUGCGCGAUGCCAUGAGCUUUAUGGAUCGGGCCAAGAAGAAGAGUUUUUGUAAAAUACUUUCCAACUUCCUGAGCUACUGCGACCACAUGAUGUACAACAUGCUGCACAAAGUCACUGUGAAUAGUUUUCGGGAUUUGGCUAAGGCCUUGAACAUUCACGAUGCCUUGGGACCAUCGAAGGAGGUGUUGCAGGAAAACUUAACCUUGAACGAACAAUUGGAACCUGAAAGACCAGCCGAUGUUCCUCAAAGUCCUUUCUUUGUGACCACAUUGCAUUUGUUACCCGAUCGUAUUGAAAUCGAACCAUCUGAAGAAGUAAUGAAGCACAUUUUCACCCGAAUUUCAACUCUAAUCUUGGAAACUGUUAUGGAAAUUGAGAAUUUCACCGAUGACAAAACCUAUACACAGUUUACAGAACCCUCAAUUAUGGGACGGCAAGAAGAACGAUUAUCCGGAGUGGCGCCCGAUUUGAAUUUUCUCUUGAGAACAGAUCAAGAAUUUCAAGUUAAUCGGAAAAUAUUAUACUCCUACAUUAGAACGGCCUAUGAGAAAGCGGAAAUUUAUACUCUGAGAUUUGAAACGAUACGCAAUAAUUAUGAAAUAGACACCCAAACCGAUCCGAAUAUUUUGAAAACGGAAAGGGAUUUGGGCAAACUGAGGGCCUACUGUGAACGUUAUUGCAACAAUGUCAAGGCCUUGGAUGGCAUACUCUCCACGGUACACCUGGGCCUGCUGAAACUGAAUCAGGGCAGUUUUAAGGACACUGUGACCCCGGUUUGCAUAAAAUUGCAAAAUGUCUUGGCCAAUUAUUUGCCCAAAUUGGCCACCGAAGAGGUGGAACGCAUCAAUGAGGCCACAAAUGAUUUGUCGGGACGCAUUACGGCCGAACCCAUAACGACCUUGGAAAUUGUCUCUCACAUACGAUUUUUGGAUGUUGUCGAUGAGGAAAUGCAAAGUCUCUUUGCCGAUGUCGAUUAUGCUCAUGAUGUCUUCAUGAUCAUCAAAGACUUUGCCAUACCCAUUGAUGAUGAACGCAAGGAAGACUAUAUGGAUUGUGAAGAUUUGGUUAAUCGCACAAAUGAUAAGCUAAAGGAGAUCCAAGCGAAGAGGCCGGAAUUUGUCAAACAGCUGGAGGAGAAAAUGAAUGAAGAUAUUCAGCUGAUAUUUGAAGAGACUCAUGAAAUCUAUUUGGAAGUCCAGGAUCCAUUUUUAAUUGAUAGAGAUUCCGAACGUUCUUUGGUCAAAUCACGGCUCAAGGAUCUUUUGGAACGCCUCGAACGUUUGCACGAACACGCUGCCGAAUAUAUACGCUAUCAAAAAGAGUUUAAAAUCGAUAUUACCAUGUACACGGAAAUGGAUAUGGCCUUUACGGAAAUUAAGUUACGACAAAGUCUACACAAUUCUGUCAACGAAUGGGAGGAUGCCUAUUAUCGUUGGAUCCUGAUGGAUUUCAAUCAACUUGUCGUUAAUGAGCUGACGGACCUGACCAUAAAAACCAUUAAGAAUUGUAUGCAAUAUGAAAAAUAUUUACCGGCAAAUAAUAUUGUGCCUGAGCUGAAGCAGGCUGCGGAGAAUUUUAAGGUGAAGCUACCGGUUAUUGGUUAUCUGAGGAAUCCCAAUUUUAGGGCGCGCCACUGGAGUGAGGUUGAAACAAUUUUGGGCCGCAAAUUCUUCCAAGAAGAGGGCAUCCUCCUCUCCGCCUAUGAAGAGUGCCAUGCCUUUGAUGAGGAAAUUGCCAAUUCCUUAAUGGAAAUCUCAUCGCAAGCCACCGGCGAGGCCCAAUUGGAAAAUAUGUUAAAAUCUCUGGAAGCGGUGUGGAAGGAACAAGAACUCUCCGUGGUCUGUCAUCAUGAUCAGAAGGAUGUUUUCAUAUUGGCUGGCACCGAGGAAUUGCAGACAAUUCUGGAUGAUUCCAAUGUCAACAUUAAUACCAUUGCUGCCUCGAAAUAUGUAACGCCCAUUAAGAAUAAAGUCGAUGAAUGGAUCGGGGCCUUGGAACAGUUUGGCAAGACCUUGGAGGUCUGGAUGGAUUGCCAAACGUCGUGGAUUUAUUUGGAGGCCAUUUUUGCCUCACCUGAUAUCCAGCGGCAAUUGCCGCAGGAGGCCAAAAUGUUCUUUGCUGUGGAUAAAAGUUUCAAGGAAAUGGUGCGCACGGCCAAAAAGGUAUCUCUGGCGCUGCCGGUUAUGUCCUCCAAGGAUAACUAUGAUAUUUUAUUGGAAAAUAAUCGCAAUUUGGAUUUAAUCACAAGGGGUCUGGAGGCCUAUUUGGAGGUUAAAAGGGUUGUGUUUCCAAGAUUCUAUUUCCUCUCCAACGAUGAGCUGUUGGAAAUCCUGGCCCAAACACGUAUUCCCCAAACCGUACAACCCCACUUACGUAAAUGUUUCGAUGCCAUACAUCGCCUGGAAUUCGGCCAAAAAGAUGUGGGUGAUGGCAGUGGACGCACCGUGGCGACCAAUGACAUCUUGGCCUUCAUAUCUCCUGAGGGAGAAAAAUUACUUUUCCAAAAAGGUCUCAAGGCUCGAGGAGCUGUCGAAGAAUGGUUAAGUAAAGUCGAGGAGGGUAUGUUCGCCUCGGUGAAGAGAGCCAUGCGUUUUGGCUAUCAAUGUUAUCCGCACAAGCAACGUGAUGAAUGGUUUCAAGAUCAUCCCAAUCAAGUGGCCUUGACCAUUUCCCAACAGCAAUGGGCUGCCGAUAUUCAUUAUAUUUUGGAUAAUCCAAAAUGGUCGGAAGAGAAGGUUAUGCAAGAGAUGAAAUUAUUCGAAAAGAAAUGUUUAAAAAAUCUAGCGGCCUUGGCUUCUCUCACGCGGCAGAAUAUUAGCAGUUUGGUGAGGAAGGUACUGACCGCAUUGAUAACCAUUGAUGUACAUGCCAAGGAUUCGGUGUCGCUGCUGAUUGAAAAACAGGUUGUGAAAUCCUCCGAUUUUGAUUGGCUAAAAAUGCUGCGUUUCUAUUGGUCAAUUGAAACGGAGGCAAUCUACUCUCGCAUGGCUUCGGCCAACAUACCGUAUUACUAUGAAUAUUUGGGAGCCGGAGGUGUUUUGGUUCUGACACCCCUAACCGAUCGUUGCUAUUUGUGUUUAAUGGGUGCCAUACAAAUGGAUUUGGGUGGUGCGCCAGCGGGUCCAGCGGGAACGGGAAAAACAGAGACCACCAAAGAUCUGGCCAAAUCGGUGGCCAAGCAGUGUGUGGUCUUUAAUUGCUCCGAUGGUUUGGAUUACAAAAUGAUGGGAAGAUUUUUCUCCGGCCUGGCCCAAUGUGGAGCCUGGUGCUGCUUUGAUGAAUUCAAUCGCAUUGAUAUCGAGGUGCUGUCGGUUAUUGCUCAGCAAUUGAUUACAAUACGCAAUGCCAAGGUGGUGAAUGCCAAGAGAUUCAUUUUCGAGGGCCGUGAAAUAAAGCUCAGCAAAUCCUGUGCCGUUUUCAUUACCAUGAACCCCGGCUAUGCUGGACGCACAGAACUCCCCGAUAACUUGAAAGCCCUAUUCCGCCCAAUAUCCAUGAUGGUCCCCGAUUAUGCCUUAAUUGCCGAGGUCAUUUUAUAUUCCGAGGGCUUUGAGGACCCUAAGAGUUUGGCCCAUAAAAUGGUGCAAAUGUACAAACUUUGCUCCGAGCAGCUGAGUCAGCAAAAUCACUAUGAUUUUGGUAUGAGGGCGGUUAAAUCAGUUUUGGUAAUGGCUGGCUCUCUGAAGCGGGCAGCCCCAGAUCAGAGGGAAGAUAUUACCCUUAUUGCCGCCCUGAGGGACUCAAAUAUACCCAAGUUCUUGGCCGAUGAUGCAGUGCUCUUUUUGGGUAUACUCAGUGAUUUAUUUCCGGGAGUGGAGUUGCCAGACUCCUCACAUCCUCAGUUGGAGGAGAGUUUGGUAUUCAAUUUAAGGGAGAGGAAUUUACAGGCGGUCCAGGCCACCUUGAGGAAAUGUAUACAACUUUAUGAGACAAUGUGUGUUCGCUGGGGUGUAAUGCUGGUGGGUCCCACAGGUGGUGGGAAAUCCACGGUCCUGCAUGCCCUGGAACAGGCUCUGGGUCAUUUAUAUGAACAAGGGGUGGAGGGUGCCAAUUUCCGGCCCGUAAACAUACAAUGCAUGAAUCCCAAGGCAGUUUCCAUGAAUGAGCUGUAUGGUUAUGUGGAUCCCAAAACCCUGGAAUGGCAGGAUGGUCUCCUGGGAUUGGCAGUGCGUACUGCAGUCAAUGUGGAGGAGGAAAUCCAUCAAUGGAUUGUCAAUGACGGCCCCGUGGAUGCUGUUUGGAUUGAAAAUCUCAACACCGUACUGGAUGACAAUAAAAUGCUGUGCCUGGCCAAUUCGGAGCGCAUAAAACUCACCGCCUGGGUCCACAUGGUUUUCGAGGUACAAGAUCUGGUACAGGCCUCUCCCGCCACUGUAUCCCGUUGUGGUAUGGUCUAUGUUGAUCCCGAAGAUUUGGGAUGGCAACCCCUACUCGAUUCGUGGAAGAUGGGAGAUAUACAAAAACAAAUACCCAACAAACCUCUGGAAUACCUCGACCAAUUAUUUAGUUUGCAUUUUGCGACUCUCCUGGAAGUGGCCAAAAAGCAUGGCUCCUUUGUCAUACAUCAAGUGACCAGCUCCAAGGUACGCCUAUGCUUGGAAUUACUCUCUUCGCUAAUUGAAAUGAUACGCUGGCACGAUGUGGAGGAAAGAGACUAUCAGGCGUUGCUCAAGAAAAUGUUUGUUUGGUGUGUCCUAUGGUCUCAGGGCUCUAAUUUUAGGGAUAAGGAAAAACUCGUUUUUGAGCAAUUGAUUCGCCAAGCCAUGGGUCCUUUGGAUUUGCCAGAUGAUGCUUCAUUGUGGGACUAUCGCAUUAACAUGACCAGCCGUAGCUGGGAAUCUUGGUCCAGUAUCAUUGAUGAAUUCGUCUUUAAUCCGGAAGAUAAAUAUUUCGAUAUGCAAGUACCCACGGUGGAUACCACGAAAUAUGGCUACAUCUCCGACUUACUAUUUCAACGAAAAUAUCCCGUCAUGUUCACAGGCGAGACGGGAGUGGGCAAAACCGUACUGGCGGUAUCUACGUUGAAAAAAUUAUCCCAAGGCAAUAUUGUGCCGGUGCAGAUUAAUUUUUCCGCUCAAACUAGCAGCGCGCGAACCCAAGAAAUGAUCGAAGGACCACUGGAGAAACGUAAACGCACACAGCUGGGAGCACCGAUUGGGAAGUCGGUAAUUGUGUUCAUCGAUGAUGUGAAUAUGCCCAAAUUGGAUACGUAUGGCAGUCAACCGGCCAUUGAGCUGUUGAGACAAUUUCUGGACUUUCAAGGUUUCUAUGAUCGUGAAAAGCUCUUUUGGAAGGAAAUUGUUGAUGUGGUCCUCGGCUGUGCCUGUGCUCCACCGGGUGGUGGCCGUAAUCCUUUGACACCACGCUUUGUAAGGCAUUUUGCGCUGUUUGCCCUGCCGAAACCCAAUGAUGAGACAUUGACCACCAUUUUCAAUGGCAUUUUGACAGGCUUCCUAAGCAGUUUCUCCUCCACCAUACGCCCCUUGUCCGAGCCAAUUGUCAAUGCCUGUGUUGAUGUGUACAUGCGCAUUGCCCAGGAAAUGUUACCCACCCCCGAUAAGUCACAUUACAUCUUCAAUUUACGAGAUCUCUCCAAAUGCAUCCAGGGUAUUCUGCAGGCCAGCAACCUCCACUACAACAUGGAAAUGCAAAUUUUACGUCUCUUCUAUCACGAGACGACGCGGGUCUUCCAUGAUCGUCUGAUCAACGAUGAUGAUCGUAGACUCUUUAAGCGAAUCAUGCACGAAGUGUGUCUGAAACAUUUCAACAAAGAAGUCUGCCGCGAUGAAGAGCCACCAAUACUGUUUGGAGAUUUUAUGGUUUUUGGCAAGGCCCGUUCGGAACGUAUCUAUGAAGAGAUUAAGGAUCAUAGCAAACUGGAAAGUAUCCUUAUGGAUUAUGUGGAGGAUUAUAACACCAUGACGGGUAAGAGGAUGCAUUUGAUUUUGUUUCAAGAUGCCUUGGAACAUACGGUGCGGCUGGCUCGCCUGCUGAGAAGUGAUCGAGGAAAUGGUCUUCUGGUUGGAGUGGCUGGUAUGGGAAAGCAAUCGUUGACGAAAUUGGCCGCCCAUGUCAACGAAUACAAAUGCAUGCAAAUUGAGUUGAAGAGGAACUAUGACAUCAAUGGCUUCCAUGAGGAUUUGAAAAUUAUCUACCGGCAAGCGGGGAUUGACAAUCAACCUGUGGUAUUUCUAAUGAUCGAUACUCAAAUUGUUGAAGAAGAAUUCCUGGAGGAUAUCAAUAAUAUUUUGAAUUCAGGAGAGGUGCCAAAUCUCUUCGAGGGAGAUGACUAUGAAAAGAUUAUUCUGGAUGCCCGCGAUCAAUGCAAUGCUGUCAACAAAGAGGGCUGCUCUCGUGAUACAAUCUACAAAUUCUUUAUUAAUCGGGUGCGUAACAACUUACAUGUUGUGCUCUCCAUGUCUCCGGUUGGAGAUGCUUUCCGUAGACGUUGUCGCAUGUUCCCAUCUUUGGUGAAUUGUACCACCAUCGAUUGGUUUUCCAAUUGGCCAACGGAGGCCUUGUAUUCGGUGGCCUUGGGCCUGUUGGCAAAGAAUACCGAAACGCCGGAAGAAUGUCAGGCCUUGGCCACGACCACAGUGUUUAUGCACAAAACUGUGGAAGAUGCUUCGCUGAGGUUCUACAAAGAAAUGAAGCGGCACUACUACACCACGCCCAGUAGUUAUUUGGAGCUGCUGAAACUCUAUCAGAGUUUGCUGAAGGCUAAGACCCAGGAUUUGGUCAAUAAAAGGAAGAGAAUUGCAAAUGGCCUCAAUAAGAUCUUGGAGACCAAUGAAAUUAUCGCUGUCAUGCAAAAAGAAUUGGAAGUCAUGGUGCCCCAACUGGAUGAAAAAUCGGCCAACAUGAAAACCCUGCUAGAACGUUUGGCCGGUGAUACCAAACAGGCGGAUAUGGUAAAGGAAAGUGUGGUGCGUGACGAGGCCAGUGCCAAGGAAAAGGCAGCCGUUUGUCAGGCCAUGUCUGAUGAUGCCAACAAGGAUUUGGAAAUUGCAAUGCCAGCCUUAAAAGAAUCCGAAGAGGCCUUAAAGGGUCUGACCAAGGCAGACAUAAAUGAAUUGAAGUCUUUUACCACGCCACCGGCUUUGGUGCAAUUUGUUAUGGAGGCUGUGUGCCUACUAUUGGGCGCCAAACCCACCUGGGCCUCAGCCAAAACCAUAAUGGCCGAUGUGAAUUUCAUCAAACGUCUUUUUGAAUUCGACAAGGAACACAUUAAGGAGGACACGCUGAAGAAGGUCAAAAAGUACAUUGACCACAAAGAUUUUGUGCCAGCUAAAUUCGAAAAAGUCUCCAAGGUUGCCAAAUCCGUAAGUCUUUGGGUAAUUGCCAUGGAUAAAUUUGCCAAGGUCUAUAAGGUUGUGGAACCCAAAAUUCGCCGCAAAGAACAAGCCGAAAGUGAACUCAAAGAAGUCAUGGCCGAGCUGAGAGCCAAGCAGCAAGAAUUGGCUGCCGUUGAGGCUAAAAUUCAAGCUCUUCGAGAUAAUAUCGAUCAGAAAAGUCGUGAGUUUCAGGUUAUACAAGAUGCCGUGGAUUUGACUUAUGGCCGUUUGAAUCGAGCGGGAAGAUUAACCUCGGCUCUGUCGGAUGAAGAAGUGCGAUGGAAGGAAACUGUGGAGAUCCUCACCCAAGAGCUGGCAUAUGUUCCGGGCGACGUUUUAGUUUCCGCUGCCUGUGUUGCCUAUUUGGGCGCCUUUUCCACUGAAUAUCGCAAUGAACUCUGCCAGCGAUGGGUUGAAAAGUGUCGCGAACAAAAAAUACCCUCCAGUGCGGAAUUUCAUCUCCUCAAAGUUCUAGGCGAUCCCUAUGAGAUACGUCAAUGGAUCAUGGAUGGUUUGCCCAAAGAUGAUAUAUCCAUUGAAAAUGGCCUAUAUGCCACACGGGCCCUGAGAUGGCCUUUGAUGAUAGAUCCCCAGGAGCAGGCAAAUCGUUGGAUACGCAACAUGGAAAAAUCUAAUAAUUUACACAUCCUGAAAAUGAAUGAUUCGAAUUUACUAAGGGUGAUGGAGAAUUGCAUACGUCAAGGAUAUCCGAUACUCUUGGAGGAUAUCAGCGAGAGCAUAGAUCCCUCUAUUCGCCCGGUGUUGCAGAGAGAAACCUAUGUUUUUGAGGGUAGAACCUAUCUGAAGCUGGGAGAUGUCAUUAUCGAUUAUGAUGAACGUUUCCGGCUGUAUAUGACCACCAAAUUGGCCAAUCCUCAUUAUCUGCCUGAGAUUUGUAUUAAUGUGACUUUGGUGAAUUUUUUGGUCACCGAAACGGGAUUGGAAGAUCAGCUGCUGGCCGACAUCGUGGCCAUAGAACUCCCAGCUCUGGAAAUCCAACGAAAUGAUUUAAUUGUGAAAAUCAAUGCCGACAAACAGCAGCUGCUGGCCCUGGAAGAUAAGGUCCUAAAACUGUUAUUCCAUUCCAAGGGUAAUAUUUUGGAUGACGAAGAGUUGGUGGAAACUCUGAAUGAUGCUAAGGAAACCUCUCUGAUUAUUGCCACCCGGCUGGUGGACACCGAGGAAACGGAAAAAGUCAUAACGGCCACCCGGGAAAAAUAUCGCAGCCUAGCAUCUCGUGGGGCCAUACUCUACUUCGUAAUAGCCAGCCUGGCCGAUAUCGAUCCAAUGUAUCAGUAUAGCUUGAAAUAUUUCUCACAAGUGUUCUGUGCGGUGAUACGCCAAGACCACCCGAAAAUGAAUACCGAGGAUCGUAUUGCUCAAUUGAAGCUGGAUGAGCUGAAGGCCCUCUAUGAUAAUGUGUCAAGGGGGCUCUUUGAGAAUCACAAGCUAAUCUAUAGUUUUCUGCUCUCACAGGCAAUUGAACGGCAGGAGGGUAGGGUAAGUCAACAGGAAUUUAAUUUCCUGACUCGAGGUGUUGUAGGCACGGUUAGAGAGAGGAUGAAACCGGCCCACUUAAAGUUGAGUCAAUUUGAAUGGGAGGCCUGCCUGUUUUUGGAGGAGAAUUUCCGGGCAUUUGAGGGAUUUACGGAGCGUUUGGAUGAGCCCUUCUUUUUGCAAAUGGAUAAUAAUCGGGAGGUCUUUAAUUUUUGCUCGGCCAAGGGUCCUCCGAGCGAUUACUGGAAUCUGAGAUUAACAGCUUUUCAAAAACUAAUGUUCAUCCGAGUCUUUCGCAAGGAAAGAUUCCUCCUAAAUGUUGUGGUCUAUUUGAGAAUAACAAUUGGGCGCCAUUUUACCGAAGUUUCGGCCGAGGGCAGUCAACUCAAAGUUGUAUUCUUGGAUACCUCCAAUGUAACACCCCUGGUUUUCGUGUUGUCCAGUGGUUCCGAUCCCAUGGCCAAUUUCCUUAGAUUUGCCGAAGAUAUGAAAUACAUGGACAAAUUCUAUUCCAUUUCGCUGGGCCAAGGUCAAGGACCCAUUGCCGAAAGUUUAAUAGAGAAAAGUUUGAGGCUGGGCCAUUGGGUAUUCCUGCAAAAUUGCCAUUUGGCCACCUCCUGGAUGGGUCAAAUGGAGGCGAUUGUACGCAACAUAACACUGGGUGAAACUGUGGCCCAUGCGGAUUUUCGUUUGUUUCUAUCCUCCAUGCCACAGAAAAGUUUCCCCAUAAGCGUUCUACAAAAUUCCGUCAAGGUGACCAAUGAACCUCCGAAGGGCAUAAAAGCUAAUGUUUUGGGUGCCCUGGCAGAUAUUAAUCCCGAUUUCUUUGAGCAUCACAUUCUGCAGCAAAAAUGGCGGGCCAUUGUUUUUGGUUUGUGUGUUUUCCAUGCUGUGCUCUUGGAGCGCCGGAAAUUCGGACCCCUCGGAUGGAACAUAACCUAUGAAUUCAAUGAAAGUGAUCGAGAAUGUGGUCUCAAGACAUUGGAUUUCUUUAUAAAUCGGGAAGUGGAGGAGAAAAUCCCCUGGGAGGCCAUAUACUAUAUCAAUGGUGAAAUAACCUGGGGUGGUAGGGUCACCGAUUCGUGGGAUCAGCGUUGCCUGCGCACCAUAUUGAAAAUUUUCACAUUUGAGAAAAUUCUUGAGGAGGACUACAAGUACUGUCGUGGAGAUCCAUAUUACCGGGAUCCACGCAAGGCCAGCAUACAGGAGUACAAGGAUUAUGUACUGAAUUUCCCCACCCUUGAGGAUCCGGAGAUCUUUGGCAUGAAUGAAAAUGCCAAUUUGGUGUUUCAAAGCAAGGAGACAAAUUUCUUUAUAAAUACCCUAAUGGAGGGCCAGCCACGCUCUGCAGCCGAGGAGGGUCAGGCCCAGGAGAAUGAUUUGUGUUUGGAUAUUAUCAGGAAGAUACAAGAGGUUCUGGCGCCCAAGAUCAACAAAGAGUCCUUGCAUGCUUCUUUGGUGACGAUUGAUGCCAAAGGCCAAAUGCCCUCGCUGACCACGGUCUUGGUGCAGGAAAUCGAUCGCUACAACAUUUCCCUACGCCUGGUCCACGAUAGUUUGGUAAAUCUCGCCAAGGCCAUCCGGGGAUUGGUGGUCAUGUCUGAAGAGCUGGAAGAAGUCUUUAAGUCCCUCCUAGCCAAUAUGGUACCCAAGCUAUGGGAAAAGAAAAGUUUCCUAUCCAUCAAACCACUGCCAAGUUAUAUUGCGGAUUUUCAAAGGCGUAUAGAUUUCAUCCAAAACUGGGCGAAUGAGGGGAAUCCAAAAUCUUUUUGGAUAAGUGGUUUUUAUUUUCCGCAAUCUUUUCUCACGGGGGUGUUGCAGACGCAUGCGCGGAAGCGUAUACUACCAAUUGAUUCCCUGAAAAUCGAUUUUCAGGUUAUCGAAAGGAUUCUGGUGCAACAGGAAUUUUUCGAAAGGAGAGCAAAUGGAAUGGAGGUUGAUGACCUCUAUGGCGAUUUACCGGAAUCCUCCGAGGCUGGUGUCAACGUGCAUGGCAUUUUUGUUGAGGCUGCCCAAUGGAACCGCCAAAAAGGAGGUCUAUGUGAUGCCAACAUUGGUGAACUCUAUACCCGAAUGCCGACCAUACGUUUUAUACCCUGCCUACAACUGGAUCGCGGUCAACGUUACGAGGCUCCCCUCUAUAAGACCCAAGCCCGCUCUGGAGUUCUAUCAACAACUGGUCAUUCUACGAAUUUUAUUCUCUCCAUACUUUUGGAAAGUUCUCUGCCUGCCGACUUUUGGAUAUUGCGAGGCACAGCCUUGGUGUCGGGGGUGGCAGAUAAUAUUUCUUAA